AUGAUCUUCGAGUCCGAGUACCACAUCUCCAUCCCCAGCGUCGACCUGCUCACCUUCCUCUUCUCGCGCACACCCUUCAAGGACGACGACCCCGUAUGGAUCAACCCGGCCUCGCCCAACAGCAACCACGUCACGCUCGCCCGGGCCCGCGACCUCACGCACCGCAUCGGCCAGGGCUAUCGCGAUCUCGGCAUCCGCUCCGACAGGGAUAUCAUCCUCUCCUACCUCGAGAACCAGGUCAUGGUCGCCCCCAAUAACCUCGGCGUGCUGUGUGCCGGCGGCGUGCACGCCACCUGUUCCGUCACCGCCACGGCGUUUGAGUUGGCCCGGCAGAUCCGUCUGAGUAGUCCCAGGAUCGUGAUCUGUUCACCCCAGACGAGACAGGCGGCCGAGGAAGCUAUCGCAGAGUCUGGGGUUGACGGUGUGCGGCUGGUAAUCAUGAUGUCUGACAAGCUGGACAUUGUGGAUGUGAAUGGGAGGUCUAUCAUCAGCGACAGGAAACUGCAGUGGCAGAAAGUCACGGAUCCAGCUGUCCUCGAAAAGACGACUGCUUGUUUGGUCUAUUCCAGCGGCACCACCGGCGACCCCAAAGGCGUCGUCAUCACGCACGCCAACAUCGUCGCCAACCUCUGCCAGAUGGCCUUCCACUUCGAUCACUUCGCCCGAAAGGCCAUGGCCGAAGGCGUCUACCUGCGCAUGCCGGGCGUGAUGCAGAACGCCGUGGCCGUGGGCAUCUUCGUGCAGAACAUGAUGAGCCUGCAGUGUGGCAUGCAGGUGUACAUGUUUCCCAAGUACGACUUCGCCACGCUGAUGGCCAGCAUCAAGAAGUUCCAGCUGUCGGCUUGCUUCAUUGUGCCCGCCAUCUGGAACCGCGUGGUGCAGGAGUGCACGCGGGACGAUCUCGCGUCCAUCCGGUUCGCCAUGAGCGGGGCGUCGCCCCUGCCCUUGCCGCUCCAGCUGAAAGUCCACGAGAUGCUGCCCGACGGGGUCGUGUUGCGCGUGAACUGGGGCAUGACCGAGACGGUCACGGCGGCGUCGCAGCCGAAUGUCACCGAAGUUGACAGGGAGGGCAGCUCGGGGCGGCUGUUGCCCAAUAUCCAGGCCGUAAUCAUCAGUCCGGAGGGGAAGAAGUUGGGCUACGACGAGCCGGGAGAAUUGUGUGUCAAAGGACCAAACAUCAUUAAAGAGUACUUCAACAACCCCGAAGCCACCCGUGCUGCCUACACGAGCGACGGCUGGUUCCGCACAGGGGACAUUGCGUACUUCAACCGCGCCGGCAAGGUGUUCAUUGUGGGCCGGUCGAAGGAACUGCUCAAGUACAAAUCCUUCCAGGUCAGUCCGACCGAAGUCGAGUCCAUCCUGGGGCAGUUGCCGGGCAUCGCCGACGUCGGGGUCAUCGGCGUGCCCGACGGACAGGGCAACGACCUGCCGCGCGCGUACGUCGUGCGGUCAGAACAGGGCAAGGCGUCGGGGCUGCCGACCGAGAAGGACAUCCACGACUUCUUGAACCCGCGGGUGAGCAACUACAAGAGACUGAGAGGGGGCGUCCGGUUCGUAGACGAGAUCCCCCGGAACCUGAACCAGAAGAUCAUGAGGAACGUGCUGAAGGAGUGGGUGGAGAAGGAGGUCGGGGAGAGGUCGAAUUUCCGGGCGCGAUUGUAG